AUGGACAACCAGGCUCCGCUCACGGCGGAGGUCGACGCGCUGGACCAGUCGCAGAUCCCGUCGUCAUCGUCCCCUGUAGACCCGAAACUCGUCCACGAACAGACGCCGCUCCUCCCCCGGGAUGACGGCUCCGACCCCGCGGGGGGUGGCUUGGGUACGGCCGCAAGGGACCCGAGACCGUGGUGGAAACGGCCCAGUAUUCACUGGCUGAUGCCGCUGUUGCUGCUGUAUAUGCUCGGGGUGGGCGGCACGGCCGUCCCCAAGAUCAACCUGAUGAUCUCGCUCGUCUGCCGCGACUACCUAGCCGAAAGAGAGGCCCAGAACCCCGGGUUCACGUACUUGCCCGUCGUGCCUGGGGGAGAGAACCGACAGUGUCAGAUCCCCGAGGUGCAGUCGCAGGUCGCGCAGUUUCAGCUCUACUUUAAUCUGUUGGGCGGCAUCCUGUCGGCGCUGGUCAGCCCGCUCCUGGGCCGGCUGUCCGACCGCCAUGGCCGGGUGCGGAUCCUCGCCUUCUCGGUCCUGACCACCGUGCUGGGGGAAGCGAUCAUCGUGUUGAUGGCGGCUCAGGCAGAGACCGUCCCGUUGAACGUGCUCCUGCUGUCGGCGCUCUUCGACGGCUUGGGCGGCUCCUUCACGGCCGCCAUCGCCCUGACCUCCUCCUAUAUCUCGGACUGCACGGCCACCGACGGCCGCAGCGUGGCCUUUGGCUACAUGUACGGGACCUUCUUCGGCGGCAUCGCUGGCGGGCCGCUGCUCGUCGCGUUGCUGCUGAAGAAGACGGGAAAUAUCCUGGACGUCUUCUACACGGCGUUGGCACUAGUGUCGUUCGUCCUCGUCGCCCUCUGCCUGGUGGUGCCCGAGUCCCUCACCGCAGCGCAGCGGGAGAGUGCCCUAGCCAAGCAUCACGCGACGCUCGCGCGGAAGGGUCAGCUCGCCCGCAGCAAGGUCCUCACCAUGGUGAGGCACCUGCACCCGAGGAAGCUGGUCGCGCCGCUCGCAAUCCUAUCCCCCGUCGUCGGGCGCCCCAGCCUCUUAUUCCCCGGGCGACGAGGAGCGAGUCCCGCCCUGCGCCGGAACAUCCUCCUCCUCGCGGCGAUCGACACGGUCGCCUUCGGGGUCGCCAUGGGGGCGUCAGCGGUGAUCGUCAUCUACGCGGAGUACCUGUUCGGAUGGGGCACGGUCGAAGCCAGCCUGUACAUGUUCAUCGUGUGCAGCGUGCGGGUGCUGAAUCUGCUCGUCGUGCACCCGUUCGCAGCGCGGUUCUGCAGGGCGCGCGCGGACGACCCGUCCCGCGAGGUGUCGGGGUCGGACGGGUUCGACCUAGCGGUCAUCCGGCUAUCGCUGCUCUUCGACGCGCUGGGAUACGCCGGGUUUGCGCUCUCGCGGAGCGGAUCCGUCCUCAUUUUUGCCGGGGUGGUAACUGCGCUGGGCGGGCUGGGCGUACCCGUGCUGCAGUCGUCGCUGACGAAACACGUCCCUCGCGACCAUAUCGGACAGAUUCUAGGAGCGAAGGGGUUGCUGCAUGCGCUGGCUCGCAUUGUGGCGCCUACGCUCUGCAAUCUGAUCUACAGCUGGUCGGUAGGGUCGUGUCCGCAGAUGGUCUUUAUCUUGCACCCCCCAGCUCACCCUCCGGCCGUGCCCUCGCGCAAUGCCCUCCGCGUCCUUCGUCGACUCGCCCUCGCGGGCUCCACCGUCGGGAGCUUCUGCACUGUCGCGGCCAUCACCUACGACAUGCACCGCCGCGUCCGGGUCGCCGAGCGCAUCGUCGAGAACAAACGCGAGCUGCAGACGUCAGCCCCCCGUUACGAUGCCACCUCCGCGGCGAGACGACUCUCUCGCAUGAUGGACGCCGCCGAAGCGGGCGAAUUCAUGGGCAUCGAGUCCCUGAAGCGGAAGGACCGGGAGCUGGAGGCGGCAACCCGACUGCGGCCGCCCGCCGGGGAUGCCGCGGCCGAUCGAGACAACCUGGUGAAUGUGGAAUUGGAACAGACGGAUCUGGAGCUAGCGCGGGCCGAGAAGGUCCUGGGAACGGCAGAUUUGGACCAGGCCGUGGUGCCUCCGGAGCAGGGGCGAGCUGCGGAUAAUUUGGCCCGGGCGCAGCGGGCACUUGGGCAAGCUGCUGGGGCUACCGUGGAGUCGGAAGGGGUGGCUGAUCCGGUGGUCGAUAAAGGUCUUGGAAAGGAAGGGGGGGAAGAGGAGGAGGGGGAUGGAAAACGGGCAGAGCCCAAUAACCUUGCGGCCCGCAUGCAGGAUCUUCUGGAACGGGACCGCCCCAUCGACGCGGCACAACUGUUCCUCGAGGAACAUCCCGCAUCGCUGGAUGGGAUCUCAUCCGAGCGCCGCGAGCGUGCGUUGGAAGCGUUCUACGCCAACUGCAAGGAUGACAAUGUCUUCAUAGCGCGCAGUAUCUUUGAGCGCAUCGAGGCGGUGGACAGGGUGACGGCCAACAUGUGGCGCGUGCUGAUGUUUGCCCUGGCCAAGAAGGGAUGCAUCGAGUCGACGGCGACCGUCUACACCCGAUACAUGCACCGGUUCCUACUCCCCCCGGACAUGGUCGACAUCGUGCUGCGGACGCUGCUCGAGUCCCACCGGCUGACGACGGCCAAAUGGGUCCUCCUGCGGAAUCUCCACGUCGACCGCAACUGCGGCCUGUGCGGCGCCUACCUGACGGGCCUGUGGCGGAAGACGCGGAGCAUCGAGCUCCUGAACGGGCAGCUCAAGAAACUCAUGACCGUCCUCCCCCGCUUCGGCAAGCGGGUCACCGACAAGCUCUUCAACCCGGUCCUCAAGGCCUACAUCGAAUUCGGGCGGCAGGCCGACGCCGAGGCGCUGGUGCAGGAGAUGACGCAGACCUACGAGCUGCCGCUGCGCUGUCGGACCCAGGGGCUGCUGGUCUACGGACGGGCGCUGGCCUGCGACUGGGAGGGGGUCGACCGGGGCCUCGACGAGAUGGCCACCCGGGGGCUGACCGCGGAACGGCGGGACUUCCUCCCCAUCUUCGACCGCGUCUUCCUCGAGUACUGGGUGCCGCACUCGGGGCGGGAGAUCUGGGAUUUCCUCGUCCGCUACAUCGACAAGCUGGACAUCGUGCCCGACCGCGUCCUGUACCGGCACAUUCUCGAGGCGUUGGUCGAGAAGGGCGACCAAGAGAUGGUCGCCGAGUUCACGCGCAUGGGGCGCGAGCGCGGGUGGAAGGUGCACAUCAACGAGGAGCAGUUCCUCGAGAUGCUCCGGUCGCGCCGCCUGUCGCUGGAGGGGUCCCCCGUCGGGUUCUGGCAGAUGCUGCAGGCGGCGCGGGUGCAGUACGGGCAGGCGGCCACGUCGCAGUGGGUGCUGGGCUACGACCAGCGGUCCUUCCCGCUGGCCCAGGUCAACGCGAUGCCGGGCACGAAGGAGCCGCUGCCGUGGUACCGGCGCUCGCUGGCGGAGCGCACGCCGCAGCGGCCCGUGUCGCAGUACCAGAAGCUGCACAAGCAGAUGGCGCACUACAUGCACGUCGGCAAGAUGGAGGAGGCGCUGCGCUGCUUCGCGAUCGCCAAGAAGGCCCGGUUCCAGGUCAAGCAGCUGCACGUCGAGCUGGCCGUCGUCGCCACGCUCCUCGAGCACGGGCUCGCGGCGGCGCGGGCCCUCAUCGAGGCCGAGUGGCCCGCCAUCCAGCCGCUGCUGCGCUUCUUCCCGCAGUUCUUCCGGCAGCUGGAGCAGCUCGCCGGCGUGCGCUGGUGCAUCUUGACCGCUCUUUCGCGCGGCAGUGCCGUCAACCGGGACCUCGUGGUCGAGGUGCAGCGCAUCCUCGGGGUGCUGCGCCGGACGCGCCUGGCGGGGCCCCUGACCCCCAAGGAAACGGCGCAGCGGACGGAGCAGCUCGAGUACCUGACGUGGAUCGCGGACCUGCUGGCGAGCAAGAGCGAGGGCGACCCGACCGUGUGGUCCUCCCAGUCCGUCCCCGGCGUCAAGCGGGCGUUCCGCCAACACCUGAAGCGACCGCUGAACGAGCGACGACUCUACAAGGACAAGGACAUUCAGCGGACGGUGGAGCGGUGGGACGAGGAGUACGAGCUGGAGGCGGUUCUGGGACGGAUCGAGACGGAUCCCCAGGUGAUUCAAGCCCGAUGGAACCAGCAGGCCUGUGUACGGGGGGGUGCUUAA